CAUUCUUCCCCUCCAUUGCCUCGCGGUCUGAAUCACUAGUUGUACCCGCGCCACCAACAAGCUCUGUGUCAGAGUUCGGUGCACUGGAAGGCGGAUACAACGAAGAGUCCUGGCUACUCCAUGAAGCACGCUCAGCUGCAUCUGCAAGGAAUCGUGGUCGCGGAGGAGCGAGGUCUGACGCGUUCUCCCUCUCUUCCUCGACUUCUGCAUCAGCGGAGCUUGCCACACCGGAGUCCUCGUCUCGCGAGGAUGUAUGCGAGUCAGGCUCAACUUCUUGUGAGGAGGGCGUCGAGUCACCUGUGGAAGGACGACCGACCGAGAGGUACUCUCCUUGCGCCUGAACUGGUGCCUCCGGCUCAGAUCGGGACACUUCGUGAGGUUGCACCUGGUGAGCUGGUGUAGAGACUUCGCGGUCUGUAUCAGUCUCGUCCUCCGGACCGCCGAUCUCGAACGACAGUGUGCUUCGACGGUUGCCUGUUGCCUCCCGUCCUUGCGCCUGUCCGUUACGUGCGUCUACAUCCCUAGCACUAUGCUCCACCGCAUUCUGGUCGACUGAUUCAGCAUCGUAUGAGUACGUGCUACCUGUGCUCAUCGGCCUCUCGGUCUGACCAGACGAAGGUCUUUCCGACUUUGCCUCAAAUGCAGAGAAAGGACUGUACGGUUUGCGCCGAGGACGCGGGGCGUUGCUGAAUGGGUCGAACAUUUCUUCGAGACCCUUUCCGCGGCUUCGUACUUGAGGCUGAGUGAUAAACGUAGACGGGGGGCUUGCUUGGAAGGAGUGUUGCGAGUGUGACGGGGGUGUGCUGGGCGAGUAAGGUGCGGAGGGAGACACGGAUGUUGUCGAGGGAGAGGAGGGGGAAUAAAGGAACGGUGUGGAGGUGUAUGAGAGGGAUGGAGGUGACGAGGGAGAGGCAGGAGAGGCAGGAGAAGGAGACCCAUUCGCGUGGGCGUUGCGCGGCCUACGGAGCGGCAUAAUGCUUGCUUCCUAUCUCUGUCCUCGCGUGUGUUCUUUUCGGCUCCUGGAAUUAUUAUCAAAAUAUUGAUAUCUCUUAGCGUGCACACGCAGCGGCAAGACCUCCGAGCCUGAGGACGAUAAGGCACACGUCACUUUAGUGCGGCGGCGCACUGGAUCUGAUGCGGUGUGUCUCCCUGCAAAUAAUUAUGAGUUCAAUGGAGACGAAGAGUGCGUUGGGAGAUUGGGCGUCGUUGCCUCUGACAGACGGCCAAAUAAAUGAGAAAAAUAUGGGUUGAAUAAACUCACGACACUGACAAUGCGACAAAUCGCCGGCCGUAUGUGUUCUACUGCGCGACGUUCUACUCGCUUGCCCGUCACUGCGGCGUGCGUGCAAUUGAGGACGUUGAGCUUCCGGUCUUCGAUCUAAGUUGACUGUCUGGCUAUCUAUGUCUUGGCAGCUUGCUCUAAUCGGUCACAGCUGUCUAUCUGAGCGAGACAAGACCGGAAGCAACUGCGUAGAACAGGGUACGACACGACGGAGGGCGCGACGAUGGAAAGUGGGGGCAGAAGCAAGGAAAACCGUCGAAAUGACAGAUAUGAUGAUAACACACCCUCCACUUUUUUCCUGCCAAAUUCCGCGAUUGGGCGCCAUGUCCGUCAUGUCUUCUCGACUUUCUUUAAGUUUCAUUUCCUUCACUGCCUUUUUCGUCCGACAUAUUAUUAUUCCUGCCGCCUUGCCGCAUGGAAGGCCUGGCGUUGCACGGUUGCAUGCACACGAAAAUGCAAUUCAUCAACGUUAUUUUGUUUAUCUCCCGAUCCUCGGGGUCCGCUGUUUGGCCAGAUGCUGCGAAGAAGGACAAGAAGCCUUCCGAAGCGGGACGAGAUACGCACUCCAUCCACGCCGUGCAAAUGAACGUGUUGUUGUGGCAUCAUUUGUUUACGUCGUUUGGAUGUUGCGUUCCUUAUCUCCAAGCACUUUCCUUCCAACAACGCAAACGGGCAAGCAAACCCAUCUCAAACACGUCCUGACAAGUUUCGAGUUUGUCUAUCCUCCCCCUUCGAGUCGAAGCAAUGGCAUUUGCACAGUCGUCUUAGCUCUAGCCUCCCGAAGGAAUGAAUUCCGUAGCCUCGUCUUCUGUCCGAUCACCGAUCCGAUCUGCCUUGCCUAUCGAGGCGGCUCGCGGAUCACGGUCACACCCGAUAAUUCAAUUCAAUUGUCGCUUCUCGGACUUGGGUACUUUUUCGGAAUCUUUGCGGGGCGCUGUGAUGUCAGUGACGAAGAGGAUGACGUAGAAGAUGACGCAUGGGCAUUUAAUUCACUCAAAGUCGAGCUUAAAAUACUUGCUUGUUCCAAUUGGAUAUCCCCUACUGGGAGUUUGCGAAGAAGAUGGAUCCCGCCUCAACUCUUCAACCGCGUUUUGUGCCUUUUUGCCUUGCGUAUGUGGGAGGAGAGGGGGUUUAUGCCGAAAGCUGCAUGUCGGAUUCCGUCUGCCUUAUGCAUAUACCUUCUUUAUUCUGAUGAGACGGAUGUAUGUGGAGUGGGCGAUAUUGCUGGUAUUAUUUUCGGUUGA